GCACAACUUCUAUUUCAAAAAAAAAAAAAAAAAAAUCAGCUAGAGAGUACUAUAGUUUUCUAGACGUUAAACCCGAAUUCAAAUUCUCUUUCCUCUAUUGUAUCAUCAAAGUUUUAGUGUGCCAAUAUUUACUAUCUCUAGUUUACUUUGUAACAACAACAAAAGUUGUUACAAUAUGACUACGACGACCUUCCCGACGGUUGAUCAAUGCACAUCGGAUGGACGGGAAAAGCACACAGUGGUCGCCGAUAUGGACGGGACUUUGCUUAGAGGCCGGAGCUCUUUCCCCUACUUUGCUCUCAUUGCUUUUGAGGUUGGUGGGAUACUAAGGCUCCUGUUCUUGAUCUUGGUUACACCACUAGCCGGACUCCUCUACUACUUUGUCUCGGAAUCAGCCGGAAUCCAAGUUCUCAUCUUUGCAACGUUUGCCGGGGUUAGGGUUUCGGAGAUCGAGUCCGUGGCCAGAGCCGUGCUGCCUAAGUUUUACUCGAGUGAUUUGCACCCGGAGUCUUGGCGCGUGAUCUCUGCAUGCGAAAAGAGAUGUAUUCUUACGGCAAAUCCGAGGAUCAUGGUGGAGCCGUUUUUGAAGGAUUUUCUUGGAUUCGACACCGUUUUGGGGACGGAAGUGGCCACUUAUAAGGGUAAGGCUACAGGGUUUGUUUCCCCACCUGGUGUGCUUGUGGGAAAGAACAAGGCAGAUGCUCUUAAGAAGGCUUUUGGAGAUGUCCUGCCAGAGAUUGGGCUUGGUGAUAGACACACUGACAUUCCUUUCUUGAAACUGUGCAAGGAGGGUUACAUGGUGCCAGCCAAACCAAAAGUGGAAGCAGUAACAAACGACAAGCUACCAAAGCCCAUAAUCUUCCACGACGGCCGCCUUGUUCAAAAGCCAACACCUCUCAUGGCGCUCCUCACCCUCCUCUGGCUCCCCAUCGGCUUCUUCCUCGCCUGCCUCCGUAUUGCCGCCGGGGCGCUCCUCCCCAUGCCGCUCGUCUAUUACGCCUUCUGGGCCCUCGGCGUCCGUGUCACCGUCAAGGGCACCCCACCACCUGCCCUCAAAAAAUCCACCAGCCACACCGGCGUCCUCUUCAUCUGCUCCCACCGCACCCUCCUCGACCCCAUCUUCCUCUCCACAGCCCUCGGCCGCCCCAUCCCCGCCGUCACCUACUCCGUCUCUCGCCUCUCCGAGUUCAUCUCCCCAAUCAAGACCGUCCGCCUCAACCGCGAUCGGGCCCUCGACGCCGCCAUGAUCAAGAAGCUUCUAGAAGAGGGUGACCUGGCAAUCUGCCCGGAAGGCACCACGUGUCGAGAGCCCUUCCUCUUGAGAUUCUCGGCGCUUUUCGCCGAGCUGACGGACGAACUGGUCCCGGUGGCGAUGGUGAACAAGAUGAGCAUGUUUCACGGGACCACCGCACGUGGGUGGAAAGGGAUGGACCCCUUCUACUUCUUCAUGAACCCGAGCCCCGCGUACGAGGUGACGUUUUUGAACAAGCUGCCAGCUAAGCUGACGUAUGGGGGCGGAAAGUCGAGCCAUGAGGUGGCGAAUUAUAUACAGAGGGUUAUAGCGGCCAGCCUUUCGUAUGAAUGCACCGGGUUCACCAGGAAGGAUAAGUACCGGGCUCUUGCCGGAAAUGAUGGGACGGUGACGACUGAGAAGCCGUUGCUCAAGCCCAAUAAAAUCAUGGGAUGCUAGCUUUAUAUUUGGGAAUUAUUUUUCAAAAGAAAAAUUAGUAUUUGAUCUCUAGGUUCUAAUGUUCAUUGAUUAAGAUCUUAUCAAUUUUUAUAUUUGGGUAAAAGAUUGUUUACUACCCUCAUGUUUCAUGGUUUUCAACAUUUAGUACAUCAAGUUUUUUUCGUCUCA